ACAAUGGAGGAGAAGGUGCUGGUAACAGGUGGGGCUGGCUACAUCGGCAGCCACACGGUGCUGGAGCUGCUGGAGGCAGGCUACUCACCUGUGGUCAUCGACAACUUCCAUAAUGCCAUCCGCGGAGGAGGCUCCAUGCCCGAGAGCCUUCGGCGGGUGCAGGAGCUGACAGGCUGCCCUGUGGAGUUUGAGGAAAUGGACAUCUUGGACCAAGCAGCCCUACAGCAUCUCUUCAAGAAGCACAGCUUCGUUGCAGUCAUCCACUUCGCGGGACUCAAGGCUGUGGGCGAGUCGGUGCAGAAACCUCUGGAUUAUUACCGAGUCAACCUGACAGGGACCAUCCAGCUUCUGGAGAUUAUGAGGGCCCACGGGGUGAAGAACCUGGUGUUCAGCAGCUCAGCCACCGUGUACGGGAAUCCCCAGUACCUGCCUCUAGAUGAGGCCCACCCCACAGGGGGCUGUACCAACCCCUAUGGCAAGUCCAAGUUCUUCAUUGAGGAGAUGAUCCGGGACCUGUGCCGGGCAGACAAGGCCUGGAACGCAGUGCUGCUGCGCUACUUCAACCCCACAGGUGCCCACGCCUCGGGCUGCAUCGGUGAGGAUCCCCAGGGCAUUCCAAACAACCUCAUGCCUUAUGUCUCCCAGGUGGCAAUCGGGCGACUAGAGACCCUGAAUAUCUUUGGCAAUGACUAUGACACAGAGGAUGGUACAGGCGUCCGAGAUUAUAUCCACGUCGUGGAUCUGGCCAAGGGUCACAUUGCAGCCUUAAGGAAGCUGAAGGAGCAGUGUGGCUGCCGGAUCUACAACCUGGGCACAGGCACAGGCUACUCAGUGCUGCAGAUGAUCCAUGCCAUGGAGAAGGCCUCUGGGAAGAAGAUCCCAUACAAGGUAGUUGCACGGCGAGAAGGUGAUGUGGCCGCCUGCUAUGCCAACCCCAGCCUGGCUCAAGAGGAGCUGGGCUGGACAGCAGCCUUGGGGCUGGACAGGAUGUGUGAGGAUCUAUGGCGCUGGCAGAAGCAGAAUCCGUCAGGCUUUGGCGCACAGGCCUGAGAACCCUCCUACAAUGGACCAGAAACAGAACAGAGCAACUGUCUGCUCUCCAGCCUCUGGCAGAAACCUAGGGGUCCCUUAGCCUCUGGGCAAAGGCAAGGCCUCCCCUACCUCAAACCCCAGUUUGGCCGCUUAGCCCACCAGGCCUGAAGCCACGGACUCCACUGACUACCAGAAAGCAG